AUGGAAGGGAGUUAUGAUGCUUGGGUGGUUUUCGCUUCGUUGAUCGUGUUUUUCGUAGCCGGUUGGGUAUUUUAUACAAGACAGUUGUUCAAAAAUUACGAAGUGCAUAAUAGACUUGUUCAAUUCAUAUUUUCCUUCACUUUCUCUUUAUCCUGCUCACUUUUUGAGUUGAUCAUCUUUGAAAUCGCCGAUGUUUUGGAUCCAUUAUCUCGCCAAAAAUGCUGGACCAACUGCUUAGCAAUCAUUCUGUUCACAUUGGUUGUCCUCAUUCCAAUGUACAUGGCGUAUUUGUUGAUACAGAGUGUCACUUUUAUUCAAUCGAAGCUCCACAUUCCACUCACCUUCUUCUCUUGGUUCGUAUUCCUCUAUUUCUUCUGGAAGAUUGGAGAUCCAUUCCCAGCUUUGAGUGCAAAACAUGGAAUCUUCACCAUUGAGCAAGUCAUCUCAAGAGUUGGUGUUAUUGGAGUCACAGUUAUGGCGGUGCUGUCAGGAUUCGGAGCAGUGAAUGCUCCAUACACCUACAUGACAAUAUUCAUGAGACCUGUAGAAAACAUCCAAGCACAACAACUUGAGAAAAGGCUGACUCAUGCGAUGGAUAUGAUUGUGAGCAAGAAGCGAAAAUUAGCUAGAAAUCAAUUGGAGCUGAAAAGACUGAAUUCGGAGAAGUCAUCUCAAGAGCCAGGUUUCCUGUCCAAAUUGUGGUCAAACUUUAGCGAAAGUACUAAUGAAAGUAACUUGCAUUCUCAAAUCAAUCGAAUGCAGAGUGAAAUCAAGCCAUUGGAAACGCUGAGUAGAUAUUUGUUUCUGGAAUUGGUGGAGUUGAGGAAUAUGUUGGAUAGAGUGGCGUUCAGCAAAACGUUCCUCGGAAUGUACUUCAAUGUUCUUGGACACUUCUUCUCACUAUAUUGCAUCUGGAAAAUCUUCAUUUCCCUCAUCAACAUUUUGUUUGACCGUGUCGGAAAGGUAGACCCUGUCACCCGCAUGAUAGAGAUCAGUGUGAAUUAUGUUGGAAUCGAGAUGGACGUACGAUACUGGUCGCAGUACAUCUCCUUCUUCUUGGUUGGAGUCAUUGCGAUCACGUCAGUUCGAGGUCUUCUAAUCACCAUGGCCAAGUUCUUUGUUUCUAUCUCCAACGUUCGCUCUUCUAACAUCAUCGUUCUCGGAUUCGCUCAAAUUAUGGGAAUGUAUUUCGUCUCGAGUGUGCUUCUCAUGCGGAUGAACGUUCCACCUGAGUACCGUAUCAUUCUAACCAGAAUCCUUGGCGAUCUUCAAUUCAAUUUUUAUCACCGCUGGUUCGAUGUAAUAUUUUUGAUCUCCGCUUUGACUUCGAUUGCAGUGUUGAGCCUUAUCAGAAAGUCAGGAGACACUAGAUUUAGACACUAA